CUGUCACCAAACCAUGGCGCCGUCAACGUCCUCCUCUCGUCCCGCCAUACACUUCACCGUCUCCUCCUCUCCCUCACUUAUCCGCUCGGGAGACUUCACUUGCUUCUUAGGUGGACGAGCUUAGAUUGCUAGCGGCCGCCGGUGAGGUCGAGCGCUGCUGCAUCGCCAUGGCCGAGGACGGCAAGUCCGACGAUCAGAUCCUCAAUGAGCUCGACGCGCUCAGCCACACGCUCUACCAGCCGCACUCCAAGCGCCGCACCGCCUCCCUCGCGCUCCCUCGCGCGGGCGGCGACGGCAAUGCCGGCGGCGCCGACGCCGUCCGCGCGGAGGCGCGCCCGCUCUCCCGCCGCCUGUCCAUGUCUCCGUUCCGGUCGAGGCCUAAGCUGGACAAGACCUUGAACGAUGACGACGACGACUACGACGCGGCGGGCGUGGCGCUGCCGUCCAAGAGCCAGAGCUUCGCCGCGGUGACCACGAGGCUGUCCGUGGCCGGGGAGAAGAAGGGGAUAUGGGGCUGGAGGCCGAUCCGCGCGCUGUCGCGCAUCGGCAUGCAGCGGAUGGGCUGCCUCUUCUCCGUGGAGGUGGUGGCCGCGCAGGGCCUCCCGCCGUCCAUGAACGGGCUGCGCCUCGCCGUGGCCGUGCGCAAGAAGGAGACGCGCGACGGCGCCGUGCAGACCAUGCCGUCGCGCGUGCAGCAGGGAGGGGCCGACUUCGAGGAGAUGCUCUUCGUCCGGUGCAACCUCUACUGCAGCGGCGGCGGCGCCACGGGUAAGCCGCUCAGGUUCGAGCCCCGGCCGUUCCUUAUAUCGGCGGUCGCCGUGGAGGCGCCGGGGCUCGACCUCGGCCGGAACGCCGUGGACUUGAGCCUUCUCGUGAAGGAGUCCUUGGAAAAGAGCCAGCAAGGGGAGCGCGUCCGGCAGUGGGACAUGGCGUUCCCGCUCGCCGGGAAGGCCAAGGGCGGCGAGCUCGUCGUCAAGCUGUCGUUCCAGAUCAUGGACGAUGGAGGCGUCGGGCUGUACAGCCAACCAGCAGUCGCAGGCAGGACUAGCUCAUCUGCGUCCUCCUCCUUGCUUGCUCGAAAGCAUAGCAAGUCGUCGUUCAGCAUCACGAGCCCCAAGGUGGCGCGCCCGGAGCCGGCGCUGAUACCGUCGAAGGGCGCGCCAUCACCGGAUUUGCUGAGUAUUGAUGACUUCAAGCUCGACGAGCCUAGCCCGGUAGUGGCCGAGGUCAAGCAGGAGGAGCAGAAAGAGCCGGAGCGCGAGGCCGAGGAUGAGAAAGCCGAUGACUCAGAGUUCCCGGAGUUCGACAUCGUCGACAAGGGCGUGGAAGGGCAGGAAGAGAAGGAUGAACCGAAAGAGGAGGCUGAAGACAAGAAAGAAGCUGAGGAGGAGGAUGCUUCCGCGGCCGGCGGCGACGAGGUGGUCAAGGAGGUGGUGGUGCACGACAGCGCGCACACGUGGCGCCUCAACGAACUCGAGGCGAUCACCAACCAGAUCAAGGCCCUCGAGAAUAUGAUGCACAGCGACGUGCCGGACGCGGGCGCCGAGUCGCCGGAGCGCCAGGAGGAGGCGGCUGGGCUCGACGCCGACGAGGAGGAAGUGACUAGAGAGUUCUUGAUGCUGCUGGAACAAGGAGAGGACGGGGACGGGACGGGCAAGCUGACGGCUCGCCAGCAGGUGUCCUCGCUCAAGUCCGGCGCGAAGCCUGGCUCUGGCGACGACGCCACGUGUUACAUCUCCGACCUUGGCAAGGGGCUCGGCCCCGUCGUGCAGACCCGGGACGGCGGCUACCUGACCUCUAUGAACCCGUUCGACAUCCCGGUGGAGCGGAAGGAGCUACCCAAGCUCGCCAUGCAGCUGUCCAAGCCGUUCAUUCUCCACGACCAGAAGCUUCCCGGCGGCGGCGCCGAGGUGUUCCAACGCCUGUGCGCUGGCGGGUCUGAGGCCCUGUGCGCGAAGCUGGGCGCGCUCAUCUCCAUGGACGAUGUCGUUGGCAAGACGGCCGAACAGAUCGCGUUCGAGGGCAUGGCGUCGGCGAUCAUCACCGCACGGAGCAAGGAGGAGCUUGUCGCGAGCUCCACUGCGGCUCAGUCCGUCUCGUUGCUCCGGACAAUGUCCAUGGCGAUGAACGCCGGGCGCCAGGACAGGAUCGCAACGGGCAUCUGGCAUGUCCAGGAAGCGCCGGUGACCGUCGACGAGAUCCUGGCGUUCGCGCUGCAGAAGAUAGAGACGAUGGCCAUCGAGGCGCUCAAGGUCCAGGCCGACAUGAUCGACGACCAGGCCCCGUUCGAGGUAUCGCCAGACAAGACACAGGCCGGGCACCUCCUGGACACCGCCGCGCCGCCGGAGGAGUGGGCGAGCGCCUGCGCCGGCGCGGACGCGGUCACGUUGCUCGUGGUGGUCCAGCUAAGGGAUCCCCAGCGCCGGUACGAGGCCGUCGGCGCGCCGUCGGUCGUGAUCAUCCAGGCCGCACGAGCCGCCGCCGGCGGGGACGACGAGCCGAGGUUCAAGGUAGCAAACCUUCACCUCGGUGGCCUGCGGCUGAAGUCGCCCGACCGGCGAAACAUGUGGGACGGCGAGAAGCAGCGGCUCACGGCAAUGCACUGGCUCGUCGCCUACGGGCUCGGCAAGGCCAGCAGGAAGAGCCGGGCAGCAGCGGCGGGGAAGGCUGGGAGUGAGGUGCUCUGGAGCAUGUCGUCAAGGGUGAUGGCUGACAUGUGGCUGAAGCCGCUGCGCAACCCGGAUGUGAAGAUUCCCCAGAAAUAGCUGCAGAAAUCUUUGCUCCUACAGCUCACGAUUGUAAACUAUUUCAUUCCUGCAUUGUUGCAUUGUGGUGAAGCCAAAAAUAAAGGACUGUUCUGUUUCCUGUUUGUUUGAGAAAAUUGUAAGAAUCCAUACUAUGAACAAGGAAUAUUACUGUUACACUAAGAGAA